GUUAUGUGUACCUAUUUCAUCACAAUUGACACCAGAUGGCAUCCUAGAUUAACAAAGACCUACUUUUAAAUAUAUAUAGGUAUUAAUUUAACUCAGAAAAUCAUAAGUAAGCACGAAUACUUAUUAUUCCAGUACCUAAAUUCUAAUAAUGUGAAUGAAAAUAAACAAAUUAUUCAAACUUAGUAGAUAAAUUAUAUCCGCUAGGUGCGCCACCGUCGCAUGUAAUUGCCGCAUGCGUAAAACAUUCCUCUAGUUUUCAAUGCUCAUGAAAUUCAUGAAUGGCGUUCGUUCACAACUGAUCGUCUGUAGUAAUAAAUAAAUUCUUAUGUUAAUGUUAAAAAAUGUUAGUUAAAAUCUCUUACAAUAAUAGUGACGAACCAAUUAGGUAGUGUUGUGAUUUACACGCGGUGAAUUUCCCGCCAAUUAUUGACAAUAAAAAAUAAACCAACAAACAUGUCGAGUAGUCCGUUUCCAUACACUUGCGAACUAUGCGGCGCCGAAGGUCUGACAGACGAGGGAAUGCGCUCCCACACGCUAGAGGCGCACGUAGCUGGAAGGCCAGACUGUCCGUUCUGCGACUGUGCUGUCCCCCAACCACAGCUGGUGGGGCACGUGCAAAGGGCACACCUCCAUUACUUAACACCGGAGAGAGAGCUGAUGGCGUUCAUUGAUGAUCAAAGUCCCAGCUUCGAUGAGGACUCUAAAAUGACUACAACAGACAGCUGUAGCUACAACACCCCAGGUUCAAUUAACGGUUGGCAUAGCCCUGACACAUCUUCAUCCUUCCACAAUGGAGCCAUCUCCAAAAACACAUACCACAAUGGAUACCAAGACAAAGAAGGGUAUAGAAAUGACAGAGACGAUGAUAGAUGUACGCGGUCCCCAAAAAAUAUAAAUCUUGCUAACGGCUUAAAAAAUAUAAAUAUCAGCAAUGGUAUAAUUCCAAAGAAGAUUCAAAGUAGACAGAGUUCUCACGACGGUGAUGUCAUAAAUGGACUUGAGAAAAAAGGUAUACAUUCGAGUCCAAGCCACCAUAAUAGUGGAAGUUACGAAGGUUCUCCUAAUAAAAAUAAGUUAAUAAUGGCAAGUGCAGGCCAAGGAUCUCCUUUACGAUCGCAACUAGCUUUAAAACUGAAACCCAACACACCUAAAAAAACAGCACCUACUCCAAGUCCAACAGUGCAGUGUCUCUUAUGUGAUUUCACAUCAACAUGUCCAAGAAAAUUGGAAGAGCACAUAAACCGCGCACAUUUCGAUCUUACAUCUCCAUCUGUGAUUGGAAAUGCUAAUGCUAACACGGACAACCCUACCCUGGGAGUUACUAAUCCCACAUUGACUUUAGAGAACCCAACGUUGGCAUUGAGUGCCAUGGCGAUGUCACCAGGGCCCCAUAGUUCAUCUUACCAGUGCCCUAUAUGUGACAAAGAAUUUACCAACUGUUCUGAAGUCGAAGUGCAUGUCAAUGUUGAACAUCGGGAUAUCCUCAGUCCACAGAAAACUGACCAAGUGGACAAUGCCUCCUGUGAGGAUGUGGUGAUGAUGGAGGAGAGCCCAGUCAGCAAUUGUCCAGUUUGCUGUCAGCCCCUGCCAUUGUCACAGCAUGAGUUGAUUCAACACAUAGAGGAGCAUUUCGAGCGAGGCGAAGAAGGUGCAUCAUCUCUCACUGCAGCUGAACGAGAAGCACAACGAAAUAGGGAGGAACAUGAAUUUCAGCUACUGAGAGCCCAGUACGGCAUGGAGGAGGAGGACGAGGAGGGCUACACGAGCCGCGCGAGCAACAGCCUUAAGCGCGCCGUGUACAGCGGCGCGCUGUCCGUGGCCGGCUACUACGAGCGCAGCGUCGGCCUGCGCCGCGCCUCCGCCGCCGGCCGCGAUGCAGGCGCCUCACGCACCGACGGAAUUUUAGAAAGGAUAGCUCAACUAAAUGCUCAGAAUCCAAGUAUAGUGAAGACUUACUUAUGUAGCGGAGUGGACCACUACGCGAGCACUUACGGCGACAGGGGAUGGGGCUGCGGGUACAGAAACAUGCAAAUGGUGCUGUCUUCGCUGCUGAAGAAUCCCGAGUACGCGUCGCUGCUGAGCGGCGUGGUGGAGUGUGACUGCGUGCCGUCCAUACCGCGCCUACAACUGCUCGUCGAGAGCGCCUGGAAGAUGGGCUUCGACACGCAGGGCUCAGAACAAUUAGGGUCCAAAUUGUACAAUACUAGAAAAUGGAUUGGUGCCUGCGAAGUGGUCACCGUACUGUCGUCGCUUAGGAUAAGGUGUCAGCUAAUAGACUUCCACAAGCCGACGGGCGCGGACGGCAGCCACCCCGCGCUGUUCGACUGGGUGCUGCGCUACUUCGAGAACGACCCAAACGGCUUCAAGGCCCCGCUCUAUCUGCAGCACCAAGGCCACUCCCGUACAAUAAUAGGGUAUGAAAAACACAAAGACGGCAAGGCGACAUUACUAGUGCUAGAUCCAUCACAUUCACCCGCACAAGUCCGCGCGGUGGUGUGCGGCAGUAAUGCGGCGAGCGGCGGUGCGCUGCGGCUGCUGCGGCGCGGCGCACCCGCCCUCCGCGCGCGGCAGUACCAGCUGCUGGCCGUCACCGGCGUCUGCGCCUCGCAGGCCGAGUACGAGGCCAGCAAAGUCCUCCAGUCUGUCCGCAUACCAUAGGACAGGUGAGUGGGGCCACGCCCCUCGUCCUGCACAUUCAGAGGCCUAUAGUACAUACAUACAUCUCAAUUAUAACGAAAACUUCAUUGCGCAUAGCUAUAACGGUUUCUUUUUAUACUUAGAAUAUAUACUGCCUAUGUCCUGCACUUAGCUGCCAAUGCUAGGUCCAAAUAUUGGCUUACAAUAAAAUAUAAUAGUUGAAAUCAAAUUAAGAUGCUGGCUGGAUAUAAAAGAACAUAGAUAAAUAAAAAAAUAAAAUAAAAAAUGUAUCAUAGAUUAAAUUUGAAAAAAGAACACUCUGCACAACCUAUAAAAAGUGCGCUCUCUUGAUAUUAAUAUUCUUGAAAGCGGCUUGAGCGUAGCUCAAUUAAUGCGUCCAUUUAAUAAUACACAUGUGGGGAUUCAAUUUUAGAAAUUUUAAAAAAUUAAAAAAAAAUUUCGUUCUAACUAAAAGGGUUGUCAAUUUUUUUUUUUCACAUUUUACGGUAAAAAUUGAUCUUGGCAAAAUGUAAUAAUUGGAAAAAAAUAUCUCUACUUGAUGAACUUUAUCAUUUAUAGUUAGUUUCAGACAUAGCAUUGGUAUCUUAUGGGACAAUCCCUUCCGACUUUCUCUUUGGACUGUAUUGUUUAUCUCAUCUGUCACUAAUUAUAAACUAUAUUUAUAGUCCAUAUUCUACCUCACUUCUAGUAUAAUUUGUCAAUUAUAAUAAUUUUAUUUUUGUCAAUUCUGCUGUAAAAAAGAAUGUAUGAAAGCUUUCCUUACGCUGCGACGUUCUACCAAAAAAAACUUAUAUUAAUGCAUUUCAAAUUUAAGCAGAAGUGAAAUAAAUUUUAAUAAUAAACAAAUAUUUUUUUAAUAUUUGCCUAAAGUUAUGAACUUAUCAUUGAGACAACCCUAACAUGAGAUGAUUUUUUUAUAUUUAUUUGAUCACUAAGCUAACCAGAUGGUUUUAUUACAAUUUUUAUCAUCUGUUUUAUUCCCUUCUAAUAAAUAAUAUUAUUAAAAAUUAAAAUUGACAUAAGUUUUUGUAUAUUAAACAAGAAUUUGUUGAUAAAUGUGUUUUACCUGCAUUUCAUGUAAACCCUUUUAUGUCCAUGGUACUGCUCAUGUCUAUAGGCGACGGUUGCCACUUUCCAUCAGGUGGGCCGUCGGCUUGUUUACCAUUCUAAGUUGUAUAAAAAAAAAACCUUUGUUCUUAAUAACUAUUAAUUGCUUUUUAUUGAUUUACUUCAAUUUAUCGAUAUAUAAUUAAAAUAAUACAAAAGUCAGGUUAAAUGAGAAAUGACUUAACAUAAUGGUAUGUUCAUAACUUAACUGCUUCGCUUAAAUACGACAUAUAAAGUAAUGGGAUGUCAUUAUUAUGGGUAACUCUAUUUAUUUAUAGUCUAGGUCGACGCUCAUUGCAAAGAUCUUUGAAGCGAUAUCAUAGACUAAUCUAUCGGUAGAUACGCCAUCGCUGGCAUGUACGAGAAUGAAUGAGACGGCAACAUUUAGCGUCCUCUUCUCUAUCUUAUAUGUGCAGUAUCGAAAACGUAUCUACCGAUGAUUCGUUUACUUGAUAUAUAGACAGAAUAACAUUUUAUCUCGGCGGAAUAGGGAGCAAACAGUGUUUACUUAUGUUAAUUAAUUCAGAUAUAUUAAAUAAAUAAAUAUUUAUUUAUUUAAAAUUUAUAUAAUUUGCUCAAAUUUAAAUGGUACGCAUUGGACCUUUUAGCAAAAACAAAUGUUAUUAUAGAUCCGAAUCUUGAGGUGAAACUUAUUCGAUUGAUAUAUUAAAAAAAAAAUAAUAAAAAAAAAACAUUUAAAAAUGUUAAGUUUGCAAUAUUAUUAUAUAAAUAAGUUUUAUCUAAAGAUCGGUUAAUGUUAUUGGUAUAGCAGUCUAUCUUAUUCGUUGUGUAGCGUAUUUUUUUUUUUAAUUAAGUUUACUUUUUAAAUAUUUUCCCAUUAAUCAUGUGAGGUGUAAAAUAUUUUCUGAAUUAACACGAAAAUUGAUAAAAAAAAAUCUCACAUAGUGUAAACUAAACACAAGCGUGUAUUUUUUUACACGUCAGUAAUUUUUAAAAGCAUAUAGUCAGGGUCCUAUCCAGGGGCGCGCCAGGCAAUUGCCCAGACCGGCAAAAAAAAGGUGCGCAAAAUAGAGUGACCACCAAAAAUGGGGAGUACUCAGGCUGCAUUAUGCCUGUAAGUGUAUUUUUUAAAAAUCAAUAUAAUACAAUGCAAGGUGUCAUUGUAAAAGGCGGUUAUUAUGUUUGCCCGGCACGGCGGAAUGUUUAAAUCAGGCCCUGUCUAUAAUAAUAUUGCCUAACAUAAAUAUAUAAUGACGUGACAUUACUUUGAAAUUACUAUACCGACGUUUACACACUAGUUAAUUUUAAAAUUUCCCGUCGUUGUAUAUAUAUUUUUAACAUACUAUCCGGAUUUAACGCGAAUUAAAAAAUUACAGGCAAAUAGUACCUACAUACCUGAGGGUCUACCAUGAAAUGAAAUUCCGAAGUUUGUAACUCAAUUUCGUGUUUUUGGUCAUAACAAAAUCGACCUAAAAAUAAGCUUAACAUGUCUUUAGUCAUAAAUCCUACCACAAAAGUUCAAAGGAACGAUAUUUUAGCAUUUUUAAUAUUUUUAACCGGUAUGUUUCACGUAAUUUUAACAAGAAAUUUGUAUUUCUUUCUAAUCCGAAAUUUCGAGAAACAUUUCCAUGGCGGUCCAUCUGAUUUUUAUUGCCUACGUUUCGACGUGGAUUGCACCACGUCGUAAUCACGACAGGACUGAAGUGAGCGGCUAGUUCGUCGAGCAGUUUGCGUACGGUCACCACGUGGUACAAUCAACGUCGAAACGUCGGCAAAAAAAAUCAGGUAUGUAGGUAUUAUUUAGCUGCAAAUUUUCGUCGCGAUAAAUAAGGAUAGUGUAUUUAAAAUAUUAAUACACUAAUGUAUAAACUGUAAUCCGCUAAAUAUAAUUAUAAUAACAAAUAACGAUGUAAUUGGAUGUAUAAUCAAGUAUCAUGUAACAUUUUGUACAACGCCUAGGCCUUAGCUGGUCAACCAAUUAAAUAUAUAGCCCGUAAUCUAGAACAAUUUGGCUUAGUCGCGAUCUAGGCACAUUCACGUGUUAUUUAACUUGUAAUAAGUGAUUUUAAGUUGAAAUUUUAAAAGGUUCUAUAAAAAUAAUCAUAAUAGACAAUGGGGCUGAAUCUGGAAUGUCUCUGAACCUAUCUCUUAAUCUAUAUUUUAAUUUAAUAAUUUCGCAAAAUUAUUGUUUUAUAGAGACCAUCGUAAACUUUAAAAUUGUUUAUUUAAAUAUUAUAAUUAAUUAAAUGUUUACAAUUGAAUUACUGUAAAGUGCACAAUUCGCGGCUAAGCCCCUAGUGAGUAAACUUAGAUAGAACGUGCUUCGUGACAUUGCCUUGGAUUCAAUAAAAUAAGAUAGAGCAAACGGUAUUUGCGGGUACCUGUAACUGUGAUGGACAGAUGUUACUACUUGGUAAUAAUAAUACUAAUAGGUCACCAGUGUAUGAUCGUAUUUAUUAGCUGAACUACCGAACUUACUUAAACGAAAUUUAAUAGACACCUAAUUUAUUCAAUACAUUUUUACUUCACAUUAAUUACUUGUUGAUUAUACAGUCUUAGGUUAUAUAGAUAAAGCCUCGAGUCUCAAAAACGGGUCAACUUUUUGUCAGCUAAUUGUCAAAUUAGCUGACAUGUUUCUUUUUUUUAUCUGUGUUCUAUAUACUUACGCAUAAAAUGUAUUUCGACGUAUUUUUUAAUAAAUAAAAUGAGUAUUUACGUAUUAAAAAGAUGCAGAAAUUAUAAGACAAAAUAAAUAUAGAAGUUGUAAAGAAUUACUUCUAAGUAUUUAUCACGCAAAAUUGUCUGAUAAAGUUGACUCGCUUUUCUCGAAGCAUUUUUAUGGAGACACUCUAUCUAUAUAAUCUAAGUAUACAGAAUAUAAAAAAAAAUACAAAUACAUUAUAGGUAUUAUUUUUGUAGUUUUUACCUAUUAGAUACACAUACAUACACACAUAUCCGUCACGCCUGUCUCCCAUUGCACUAGGCAGAAACAAUGGAACGCCAAAUGCUCCAAUUCAAACAGACCUCUUUCACUUCAUCCACAUUCAUCAAUCUUUUCAUACACGUUCGCCGAUUACGGGUACUUUCAAUUUGGCCCUUCUUCAGCACGUCGCCUAUUUGGUCGACAUUCGUCCGUCUAGGGCGGACUGACGUCUCCAUUCAUUCGUGCUUGAUAAAUCUCGUAAUUCUUUCAUCCAUCCUCUCCAAAUAGCCAAACGAAGCAACAUUCCCUUUUCGAUCUUUGUCACUACACCAUUUUACAGCCACACGUCACAGGGGUGCGGUGAUAUAUGACAAUAUAUAUAUAUAUUGCUAUAUAUCACACCGCACCCCUAAUUCCGAUAUAUAAUUAUUUAUAAGAACAGAAGGUUGUGAAAUUUAUCAAUGAAAAAAAAUUGGAUCUAUGCAACUAUGCAUUUCUUCAAAUUCACAUGUAAAAUACUGCACAUAAUAAUAAUAAUAAUAAUCCUUUUAAGUAAUGUCUGUCCAUCAUUAUUACAGUUAACGCGUUAUAGCACUCUCAAACUAGUUAGUUUUAACUUAGAUAAUAUUAACCAUUUUGGUGCAUCACUAAACAAAUAUAACUACUGUGGGCUAAAUUCUGAAACCCAUUUUAAAGUUGUAUGACAUUUCUGAAAAAAUCAAUUCAUAUAAUAUAAAAAAAUUAAUAGAUAUUUAAAAAAUUGGUUAAGAAAUUGUGAUAUUGUAUUGCUUUGAAAGAGGACAAGGAUUAUUAACAUAAUGGGCAGGUUUGUUUUAUUUUAAAAUUAAUUGAUAAAGCUUUAUUAAUUAUUAAAUUAAUUAAUUGAUAAAUUAGAUUAAGAUUAAAGAUUAAUAAAGCCCAAGAGGUUUAAGUGGUACUAAAAAAUCCAGUUUUUAUAUAUAUAUAAAGUAAGCCGUAUAUAAUUGUUUCUUAACCACAUCAGAAUAUCUGUACAUGUAUGCCGCAGCAAUACAAAUGGGUCAUAGCUCAGUGGGAAUAUUAUUGUUUAGUGUUGCACCCAUAAUGGUACAGUCAGCGGUAAAAUUAGUUGAACGCGUCGUUCACAAUCUAAACAUCCGAAUGCUUCGAACAUAGAAUCGAUUAAUUUGCACUUAAGCUAUAGUUCCUAUACGAAUUGUGUAGUUAUUGUAGAUAAUACACGUGGGGGUCAGUAUGGAACAAAUAAUGGUGCUGGUGUUAAUUUCUGUACACUUGUAAAUUCACAGCUUCCGCUUAUCUAUUGUGAAGUCAUGUAUUCAUGAAUUCAUGUUCAUGAUAUGAGCAUGUAACAUGUUCAUGGUACAAACAUGUAACAUGUUCAUGGUACAAACAUGUAACAUGUUCAUGGUACAAACAUGUAACAUGUUCAUGGUACAAACAUGUAACAUGUUCAUGAUACAGACAUGUAACAUGUUCAUAUAAAAUAAAUAGUAUACAUGUUAGUCGAAAAAAGAAUCUAUUACACGUGGCAGCGUGGUCGAAUAUUACUUGCAUAUCUUGAUGGGUACACCAUCCCUACAUAUAAAACAACUUCCUCCAGGGAAAAUCAACUUAAUAUCAUCGACUCUGUUCCUUGGGGAUAGUUGUUAACUUUCAUGAAUUUUUACGACUAACUUUGUAUAUUUAAUGCAAUUUAUGAUUAUUAAUGAAAUAAAAAAUAUACAUGUUUUAUUUUUACUCGUUAAUUUGAAAAAUAUAUAAAUAAUAAUUAUAUAUAUUUUCUUUAAUACUUAGAAUGGUAACCAUUGCCUUUGGGUGUGAAUAACACUACAUUUGCCAUAUAUAUUGUAUUUAUAAUAUAUUAAAUUUAGAUUAACAAGAAAACUGUAAUUUUUUAGUUGACGAUUUGUUUCGUAUAUUCAAUCCUAUACAGUUUUAAAUAAAUUUAAAAAUAAAUAAUAGGAUUUAUUAUAGUAAAUUACUACAUAUAUUGAGAUUCUGUUUUUUCCUUUUUUGUACUGUAUCACAUGAUGUUUGAAUUCUUAUUCGCAUGACGCGUUAACGUCCAGUCCACUAAUAACAAAUUCAUGAAUACAUGACGUCGUAAGCUUCGUUUAACAGAGCUUGGAGUUUACGUAAUAUCAUAUUAAUUGUGUCAAUUAUGAAGUAACAAAUCUUCAAUAAUUCCCCCCCCCCCCCCCUUAUAUUGUUGUGUAAUUUUAACGUCGAUUGACCAAUUGUUUUAGUCGUUGGUGUUGUUCAAAUUAUUGUAUAUUUGUUGUGGUAUAGUGCGGUACACACGCCCUAGCAUUAUAACGAGUCAUCGUCAUCGUAUCAGCUUUUAACUGCACACUGCUCAACAUAAGCCUCCCUCUUGCAGAGUUUUGCCACUAGUUGCCAAACUUGGCAGGCGGGUUAGCAACUGCAGUUAGGCUUUAGAGAUGUUUUAAGAGCGACGCUGCUGCUCAACCCUCGCCCUUUAACAAGUAUUUAUUUCAUAAAAACAUUGAACCUCUUUUAAACCUAGUUUAGCUAUUAAACUGUUUUGUCUCUUUCCUAUAUUACGCACACAUUACACCACAUGUGUAGUGUUGCAGGCGUCCAUAGGCUCCAGUGAUCGUUUACCAUCAGACGGGCUGUAUGCUAGUUUGCCACCGUUUGGUAUGUAUUUGUGUUUUUAUACCAGUUUGGUAUAAAAAAUAUGAUAAAAAAAAAAAAAACAAUAUAAGAACUUUGUCAUUACCUAUUCAAAUCAAAUAAAGUAUUCGAUUCUAUGCUAAAUUCCCAUUUUUUUAAAAAACAGACAAAACUUUGUAAUUAUUAAAAUAGGUUUGUAGAAGGUCUUAGUUUUUUUUUUUUAUGAAUUAAAAUAAAAUUGAUUCUUAUUUUAAAAAAAAAUUACUACUCAAAUUAUUAUGUCCGCCUGUACAAGGUGAUAUUAAAAUCGUAACCAUUGAAGGCAGUGUCCUACCAGCAAAACUGAACACGUUCAAAGACACGUGGAUCUCGCAUUGACUUAAUUUAACCAGCUGGUUGCGCUGAAUUGGACUCGGCUAGUUAAAUCAGUAUGAGAGAUUCAAAAUUUUUUGACGUUUUUAAUUCUUUAACCGACUUCAAAAAAAGAGGUUCUCAAUUCGGUUAUUUGUUAUCUCCUUACUUAAUUAUAAAUCAAUUUUGGAAAAUUCUUCUUUUAUCUGAAAGAUAUAUACAGAUUAUUACAGAUUGUAGUAGUUAAUUUAGAAAUCAAAAUAAUUGAUUUUGCCACCACAAAAAUAACCAACUAUUUUUGUGAGACAAAAUCUAUCUGAGACUAAAUUUCUGCCCUAAAACAUAAUCUAAAGCAUGAGUAAAUUUCUCGGUUUUCGAAUCGUGUCCCUUUAGAAACGAUAUUCAAUUUCACUAGCAGGACAUGCCCUUGUUAAGGUUACUAUUCAUUCGAUUCUCUCUGUAUAUAAUUAUUUAAUUUUUCCUUAUAUAUAUAAGGAAAAAGUCCCAUAUCUUGUCUUCUCCAUCUCGAUUCAGUCAGUUAAUUACAAAACCCAAGAAAGAUUUGAUUAAUUUAUGUCGUGUGUAUAUAAAUUAUUAUAUAUCUAUCAGGGGUUCCCAAACUUAUUUUGUCUAUUUAUUUAUUUAUUUAUACUUUUGCACACAUUGGAAAAUGUCUACAGGGCGGACUUAAUGCCUGCUUUUUUUUAAUGCAAAUUUAAAAAAAUUACUACCCACUUUGAGAAUAAAUUAUUUUUUAGCGCCCCCAUUUUUUUCACUUGCUUAAAAACCACUAUUACUUCAAGAUCAACAAAUCACCCCCCUAGCCUCUACACAACGCUCCCCUUUUUUUUUCUUGGUCUCUUACCCUUUAGACCUGCAGCGCCCACAAGGGUGCGUUAUCGCCCACUUUGGGAAAAGCUAGUCUACACAAUGACAAAAUGUUUUAGAAGAGACUGAAAGUAACGUGAUCAUUUGAGUAAACUAUGAUAAUUCACCUGGAUCUCUUUAUUCGGACUCUAUUUUAUCAUAGUUUUCCUAAAUGUUAACAUUAAUUCCUGUCUCUUAUAAAAAUUAAAACAUGUAGCGUAAUCUAAAAGGUAAAACAUACAGGGCGUGUGUAACCAUAUCUAUAUAAUGAUAUGUUUUAAAAACGAACUGAUCGGUGUGUCAGUGUGAUUUGCUUCUGAACGCUGGGAACAAAGUAUUACUGAGACGGUAUUGUGUCGUGAGUACGGCUCGUUGGAACAUCUCUAUUAAGUGUUAUUAAUUUUUAAAACAAUACUGUACAUUCGUUUAAAACUUUAAGUAAAUCUCGAAAUUUAUUAUAGUGAACCGGAAAGGUUUAAAUUUCACAUUUUAAUGUAAGAAUGUAUUUUUAAAAGAAAUACGUCUCGUUAUAUUAAAUGAUAAUAAUUUGGCAAGAGUCUAAAUUAAAUUCUAGUUGUAUUUUCAAUUAAGUAAACCUUAGUAUAUAAUCGACUGCACAUAUAAAUAAAUAUAUACAUUGAAGAGUAUUGUAGAAAAUUAACUAUAUAUAUAAUUAAUUUUGUUUGACAAUAUUUAAAUUAAAAUGAGAAUCAUUUCAAAUUAAAGAAUUCUAUAUAUAUAUAUAUAUAUAUAUAUAUAUAUAUAUAUAUAUAUAGUUAAAUAUUAAUUCCUUACAAAUAUUUAAUUCACGCAUGUGUCGUCCACUGCCGAAUAUAAUUACUAUAUUCUUAUAUCAUACAUUUAUUAUUACAUUGUAACAUACAUUUUUACAUGACAUAACUUUUACUUUGAAAUCGACAUCAUUAGCAUUCUAUUAAGGGAGUUUUCUAUACAGUAACACUGGAAAGAGAAAAAGGUGGGCUAAAAACGACAAAAAAAAAUAUUUAAUCUUUCAAACACACUAACUUAAAAGGUAUAGAGGUUCAAUAUUUUCUAUGUCUUCAAAGAAUCUCAGCCUACGCAGGAUAAAAUCGAAAUAGCCUCUUUCAAAAGAGGUGUUCUACCAGCGAAACUGAGUAUUUUCACAAACGAAACGUGGGUCGAAAAAUGACAAACAAUUUUAAGCCUUCCAUAUUAUGGCGAUGUGUUUUGCUGUUGAAUUAAUAUGGGAGACUCAACAUUUUUGUCGUCUUAGAAUGUUUUUGAUUCGUCAAAUUUCUAUCUUAAUAUGUUACAUAAUAGAUAUGUACCAUUAUCAAUUUCGAUUUCACCUAUAUAUUGUUCAAUAAGGCAAUUGAAGCCAGAUUCGCUCUAUAAUGCCACUUUCGGUAUAGUCAUUGCAAACAAUUCGAGAUUGAUUGGAACGGUACUCAAUUGAAUUUUGAAUACACAUUUAAUUAUGUACAUUUUAAUAUAGAUAUCAAAUCAUAACUAUAUUGUACCCAAGUGGACUUAUCCCUUGAAGGGAUUUUUUCCAGUCAGCCUUGAGAACCCGGAUUAUCUAUAGGGUUUGUAAAUAAAGCAAAAAUAAUAGAAUUCAUGUACUUACUCGUUAUAUGAGCAUUGUAAGUACUCUAGGUUUUUUUUUUGAUGAGUGAAAAUGGCAUUGUAACCCCGCCUGCACUAACGAGAUACGCUGGCGGAGCACCAGUGAAGGGUGAUAGAUUAGAGUGAAAACAGGCCAGUUAGCAGCCCAUCAUGAUGAAUUCAUUAGGAAUUAACCAUGAUAGUUUCCAGGGAGAACCGCGAGGAGAUCGACCUGGUUAGGUAUAUUGCUAGCAAUAGGAUUCUCAGUCUCCAUUACUAACAAUCCCUUUCCCCCCAGUACUCUAGGUUAUGUUCAUGAAUGUAUUAAAAUAAAUAAUUAAAUAAUAUACAUAUUGUUUUUUACAAAACAUUGAAUCAGACUAAGAGUGGCACUAUACUGUGAAUCUGGCCUAACGCUGUUAGCUUCUCAUGUACUUAUAUAUGCAACCGAUUGUACUAUUUUAACUGUUUUAAGAAGGCAACCUUCGUCAUUUUUUAGUCAUUUACGCAUACUUUGGCUCGAUCGCGUAGUAAUGGGUCGGUACCACGCUUAGUACAAACUAAGGAUUGGGCAAUAUGUUGGUGUUAAUUUAGUUUGUAACUGAAUUAGAUGUAUAUAAUUGUAGUUAGCGAAGCAGUGUUACUUGGAACAUACAUAUAUUUAUUAUAAUUUAAUAUUUAAUAAUUAUUUUUUUGUAUAAUUUUCUCUUUAUAUUAUUUUUUAUGUACAACUAAUGUAUAGAUAAUAUUCAAUGUUAACGGGUUCAUAAGUAACACUGCAUGUUCAAUAAACAAUUUUUAGAGUAUAAAUGCACUCAUUCAUGUGAUAUUUAAAACAAAAUGCCGCGUCUCACUAUUUGAUAUUUUCAAACUUCAAUUGUAUACAAUUUGACGUUAAUAUUUAAAAGGUCUAUAAAAUGUUUACUUAUACACCAUAUAUACUAAAUGUAUUAAAUAAAAUGAAUGCACAAAUCAUAUGUAUGUACUUGGUAACGUCACUGAACUGUCUUGUCAUUUCAAUAAUUGUAAAUAUAAUUUUAUUUUCUAUAAUAAUUGUAACACAAUUUAUGGAUCUGUUUCUACAAAUCAUUUAUUUCGAAUUUAGAGAGAGGUACAAAAAUUUUUGAAAUCUCCCCUCGGUUACCAAGUGAUCAUAUAUAAUUAACGUCAAAUUGUGCGAACCUCAAAUAUGAAUUGCUUACGUUUCACCGGUGUUAUAAUACUGAUAAAAACAACCUGUGAUAGGAAAGUGUAGUCACCAAUGUUAUUCAUAUUGGUUGCUUGAAAAAUACGAAAUGUAUAUAUUAUUUAUUUAUUUAUUUUCAUUGAAUGUGGUAAGUACAAAUGGAGUAUCUUGAUCUUGAGAUUGUCUACGGUCAUUUACAUUGGUUAAUUUAUUUAUCUCUAAGUGAAAAUUUGUAUUCUUCUUCCACGCAUGUUUAGUUAAUGAAAAACAUAGUAAGCAAUAAAAUGCAAUCCAUAAUAGAACCGUUUUUAGAUAUUAUAAGAAUAUAUCCUCGAUAUUAUAUAUAUUUUUACUUUAUAUGAGAAAUAAACUACCCACAAUUGUUAAUAUAAAAUUGAUUCAAGUUGUAAUUUGUUAGUUUAUGUCAGAAUAUAAGUAAAAUUUAUAUAAGUAAUGUUACACCUAUCUACUUUCUAUAAAUAACACUAAAUAAUCCUAUCUAGUUACGACGGUUUCUCACCAUAUCGUUAUUUUUCAAACAACCAUAAGCACUAACUAACUGGGAGCUGUAAUCGGUCACUUUGCCUUGUAAUGUAGAGAAGCGAGAGCUUCGUAGGGACAGCUAGGCUGUGCUAACAUCUAAUGUUUCUUCAAUAAACUAUUAUAAGUUACCGAAA